GGCACCCCGCGCGCCCCGCGUACGCGCCAUCAACUCACCCACACGUCUCGCCCAACCCCUCCGCCGCUGCGAGGAAAAGUAGUCCCCCACUUACAGCCAUCGCCGCCGCCCCGAGCCAGCCCGACACACCCCGGUCCCUCCUCGGUGCCUCCGGCGGGGCCGCUGCGAGGGGAGCCGAACGGCUCUGUGGGGUCGGGGGGGCGGCGGGGCUGCGGCGGAAGGGGUUCCGGGCGGAGGGAUCGUAUAUAAGCGGGCGGUGGUGGGGCGCCGGUCCUUCUUUCGCCGCUGCCGCAGCGAGCAUGACGAAGAAGAGGAGGAACAACGGGCGCGCCAAGAAGGGGCGCGGGCACGUGCAGCCCAUCCGCUGCACCAACUGCGCCCGCUGCGUCCCCAAGGACAAAGCCAUCAAGAAGUUUGUCAUCAGGAACAUCGUGGAGGCGGCGGCGGUCAGGGACAUCUCGGAGGCCAGCGUCUUCGAUUCCUACGUGCUGCCCAAGCUCUACGUGAAGCUCCAUUACUGCGUCAGCUGCGCCAUCCACAGCAAAGUGGUGCGGAACCGCUCGCGCGAGGCCCGCAAGGACCGUACGCCGCCGCCGCGCUUCCGCCCCGCCGGUGCUGCUCCCCGGCCCCCCCCAAAACCCAUGUGAGGAGACUCCGGAUGCGAACGCCCCUCCCGGCGCAGGGCGGAAUAAAGGAUCCUGGAACCCA